AAAGUUAGCCGCUGAAUCAGACACAGGUAACUCAGAAAAAUAGCGAGGCAGAAUUUUUUUUUCUGGGCUUGUCAUGGAGUUUGCGUAAAAGAAAACAGGGAUUUUUUCCCCAAUUUUCUUUACCAGUUAAACCAGUAUCUCUGGAUAGAAAACGCUCAAGUACUUGAUCAGUUUUUACCCUUGUGGUCCCUGAUGGCUUCGCACAGUGAUACUCUGGUGGUGUUCUUUGGGGCAACAGCUGGUGCAAAUGGGGGUAAACUGGGUUCGGAUGAGAGGGAAAUAAUUCUCUUGGUGUGGCAAAUUGUGGAUCUACAUGAGAAAAAGGUUGGGAAACUUCAGAGACGUCUUGUGAAGCCUGACUCUUUGGAGUUGACAGACCAGAGUAAAGAGGCGACUGGGCUGUCUGUGGAGGAACUCUACAAGGUUGAACCUCUGGACAAAGUUCUGCAACAGUUCCAGCAGUCCGUCUCAGCGGAGUUGAAGGCUCUGGGCAGAAGCUCCUACAUACUGUGUGUCGACGGGCCCCUCAUCAUACGACAGGCCCUUCACCCUGAGGCCUCCAAGAAGAACCUGGUCCUUCCGGAGUGUUUCUACUCCUUUGUGGAUGUAAGGAAAGAGUUUCACAAAUGUUGUCCCAAUGCUGGACAGGUCCAGGACUUAACACUGCACUCUAUGCUAGAAUAUGUGUGCAUCCCAGAACUUCCCCUGUCAGAGCAGGUGAUGGGGCUGAAGGAGGUGAGGUGUAUGGUCCAGCUCUCCCUGCACAUCCUGGCUGAGCCAUACAACCACAAAUUCUCAUGCUUUGAAGCUGUGAAGUACAAGCUUGAAUCGGGAGCAUGCAGGAAGACCGAGCCAGUGGACAGUGAGACAGUGAUCAGAGCCAGGGGGUUGCCAUGGCAAUCCUCUGACCAGGACAUCGCCCGCUUCUUCAAGGGCCUCAACAUCGCCAAGGGUGGUGUGGCCCUCUGUCUGAACGCCCAGGGCAGGAGGAAUGGUGAAGCACUGGUUCGGUUCAUCAACCAGGAGCACAGAGACCUGGCCCUGGAGAGACACAAACACCACAUGGGCAGCAGAUACAUUGAGGUAUACAAAGCCACAGGAGAGGAAUUUCUCAAGAUCGCUGGAGGCACAUCCAACGAGGUGGCCCAGUUCCUGUCCAAGGAGAACCAGGUGAUCAUCAGGAUGAGGGGUCUUCCCUUCACCGCCUCUCCCCAGGACGUGUUGACCUUCCUGGGGGCCGACAGCCCCGUGACGGACGCCAGCGAUGGCCUACUCUUCGUAAAGUACCCUGACGGGCGGCCCACAGGCGACGCCUUCGUCCUGUUCUCCUGUGAAGAGUACGCUCUGAACGCCCUGAAGAAACACAAGCAAAUCCUGGGCAAGAGAUACAUUGAGCUGUUCAGAAGCACUGCAGCAGAGGCCCAACAGGUCCUGAACCGUUACAUGUCCACCCCUCUGAUCUCCACGCUGCCCUCCUCUUCCAUGGUCCCCAUGCCGGUCUUGGCCACGCCCCCCUACCUGGCGACUGGCAGCACGCGGGACUGUGUCCGUUUGCGAGGUCUACCCUACACCGCUGCUAUAGAGGAUAUACUGGAGUUCAUGGGAGAACACACUAUUGAUAUUAAACCACAUGGAGUUCAUAUGGUGCUCAACCAACAGGGUCGUCCCUCAGGUGACGCCUUCAUUCAGAUGAGGUCAGCUGACAGGGCGUUCAUGGUGGCCCAGAAGUGCCACAAGAAGAUGAUGAAGGACCGCUAUGUGGAGGUGUUCCAGUGUUCUACUGAGGAGAUGAGCUUCGUCCUGAUGGGAGGAACACUGAACCGCAGCGGCCUGUCCCCUCCACCCUGCAAACUACCCUGUCUGGCUCCUCCAGCCUAUGCUGCGUUCCCUUCUCCUGCCAUGCUCUCUGAGGCUGCUCUGUACCAGCCCCCCCUACUGGCCACCCCCAGAACACCCCAGCCCCCACACAGCCCCCACCCCACCCUGGCCUACUACCCACCACAGCACCACCCUGCACAGCUCUACAUGAACAUGAACAUGAACUACACUGCGUACUACCCCAGUCCCCCAGUCUCUCCCUCCACGAUGAGCUACUUUGCGUCUCCUCCAGGGUCAGUAGCGUUAGCGGCCCAGCAGCCCCAUGCCCAAGGCCACGUUGCCUCUCCCAUGAUGCCCCAGCACGGCGCUCUAGUUAGGAUGCAGGGUCUGCCCUACAACGCCGGGGUCAAAGACAUCCUCAGCUUCUUCCAGGGAUACCAGCUCCAGCCGGACGCCGUCCUCCUGUUGUACAACUUCAGUGGCCAGUGUAGCGGCGAGGCCCUGAUCACCUUCCCCAGCGAGGAGUCAGCCAGGCGGGCCGUGGCCGAGCGCGCCAACCACCCCCUGUCUGGUCUCCCCAUCCGUCUGCUGGUGUGCUGCGACUGACCUCGACCAGCUGACCGUGACCAUGGAGGGAGGAGUCGAGGACCGCAACUGCUGAUUGCUUUUCUCCCUCGUCACUUCCUCUCCUUCCACUACUGAUACAAACACACAUGCGCACACCUCUCCACAAACAAUCUGCCGACUCUCCUCCCUCUUAGCCUCCUUCUCAAGCUCCCUCUCAACAUUCAUACACAGACCGACAGACACCUCUCCCCACAGCACUAGGUUGGUCACAUAUUUAUAUUUGAUGCACAUCCUCCUUCCUGUGUGUCUGGCACAAAGUGCCUUGUGUGAAUACUUCCAUAACAUCCACCGCCGAUGCCAAUGAAAUGUACCACUCAAUGUACCACUCACCUAAAGCAUGAAACCACUUCUCCCCUUGUUUUAGAUAAAUGACCACUACAGCCCACUAAGAUGUUCAUACCUUCAAACAAAAUCCCUAUUCCCCUGUGUCUGGUUUGUCAGUCUGAAAACACUACUGUAUGUGUGCAUGUCUGCAAAAACUAUGUAUGUACUGUAUGCAUGUUCGUUGUAAAUGAUGUGCCUUCCAAUGCUGGCUGUACAGUGUAAUAUUAGAUAAGAGCCAUAUAGACUGACUGAAACUACUACUGUACUGGAUAGAAGGGAAAUCAGACGCUCGUUCCACUACUCCCUUUUCUAAAACUAGAAAAGACAAGGCCACUAUGUACAGUAGUGAGAGCCACAGUAACAUGCUGGAUGCUGAGCUUAAUGACAGCUACUUGUGUAACAGUGUUUGUUUCUGCUGUGAAAGCAUUUGUAUGGCAUGCAAUUCUAUUUAGAAUAAUAUGUCCAAGCACUCUUUGUUGUCUUUGUUACAAUCCGAGUAGGCUAAGGCUCAAUUAGCCGAAGUCUCAUUUAGUUCUGUAGUGUACGAGCAUGACAAAUAAUGAUUCUUUGUUCAAUCCAAAACAACUCUUCCUAAAAUUUAGAUUUAUUUAAAUGUGAAAAGAGUUGGCGGUUGGUCUGCAUGAUCUUUAAGCAAUAUCCUUAAAGAGAGUAGAUCUCUGCCAUCUGUUUUCUUCCAGACUAUAUUUUAUAGAAAACCCUUGUUUUUGGACCGACGAACGGUAGAAAUAAAUAUAUAUAUAUAUAUUACUAAAAAAAUGGCGAAUGAGUUGUUCCUGUGACUGGGCUGAUGAGAACACUAGUGUCUGGUUUCUCAUCUUCGCUGUGCCUAUAUUACCCAGAGUGCAAUAGCAGGCCCCUCUGUGGCUUGGCUGACCUCUGGUGGCAGAUAGAAAAUAUUUUGUUUCUUUUUAAGCAAGUUUGAGACUUGACUUGUAUGAAUUUAACUACUGUAUGUGUAUAUAACUGUUUGAAUAAAUACAUGGAACUUUAUUGCCCCAGUGUUUAAAUUGCAAAAUUUGUUCUGAACUGUAUCAAUUAAAUUCUAUUGAAGUCUGAUAUUUUAGAUGAGGCCAAUAAACAGUAGUCUGUGA